UCUGGGAGGCGUGUGGGAGUUAUAUUGUUACUGCGAGUAAGGUUCUUCUAGAUCCAAACCGCUGAGAUGCAGUAUCAGCUUUCAUCAAUCAAUUUUGUUGUGUUUAGUACCUUCCAUUUACUUGGAUGUGUGCUGUCUUACCCCACACUGAUUGCAGAACUCAGAAAUUAGAAGACCGUGCAGACAUGUCCAGUUUUGCGCGCUUCACAGAAGUUGGGAGAAAGAUUGUUGCAGUUGGAAGAAACUAUAAGGAGCAUGCUGCUGAACUGGGGAACAAGAUGCCUGAAAAACCACUGCUGUUCUUGAAACCAACUUCUUCAUACUUGAUCUCUGGCAACAUACUGAUUCCUCCUGGCUGCUCGGAGUUACAUCACGAAGUGGAGCUGGGCGUGGUCGUCUCGAGCACGUGCCGCCGGGUGUCGGAAAGCGCGGCCAUGCAGCAUGUAGCCGGGUACGCCCUUGCCCUGGACAUGACGGCCAGGGACUUCCAGACCGAGGCCAAGGCCAAGGGCCACCCGUGGACGAUGGCCAAGUGCUUCGACACGGCCUGCCCAGUGUCGGCGUUCGUGCCGCGCGACCGGAUACCCGACGCUUCCGGUCUGCAGCUGUGGUGCGCCGUGAACGGCGAGACGCGCCAGUCCGGCAGCACGUCCGACAUGCACUUCAGCGUGCCCUUCCUGCUGAGCUACAUCAGCCGGUACAUAACGCUAGAGCCUGGCGACCUGGUGCUCACCGGCACGCCAGCCGGCGUCGGCCCCGUCCGUCCCGGUGACGUCAUCGAGGCGUCUGUCUCAGAUCAGUCGGGCCAGAUCGCUCACAUCAAAGUGGGGGUGGAGAAGAGCUAGGUCGGCUCAGCUGGGCCUGGGCGCUGCCGCCGUGACGUCAUUGGUGCUCUGCGGCGGAUCGAAUGGCUAGUGUUCAGAGUUGCAGCGGCGGGUGUUGUCAGCUGAGUGAGAUCGUCGUCCGGAUUACUUGAUAGGGAGGAUGUCCCUUCGAUUACAGCUAAUAUGGUGGCCAUUGGCCGCAGCUCACAUUUAUUUGAGAGCUGGCAAUUGGACGUUGCGUGGAGUUUCUGCGAGGUUUACAUGUUGCCUGAAGUCGUUUUGGGGUACCAUUGUUGCGGAUAUAUUAUGCGUGAUUUUUGGCGCGCGCGUGAAAUAAGUUGAUGUGAUCUGUUGAAAAAUGCGGAUGUCCCACCUCACGCCCGAUGUUUCAUCUUUACGUGGGGAGCCUGAGGUAGGCAGUUUCAGAAGCUCCAGCAGAGGUAGACAGACAGACAAUUUUCCAGAUUUUUUUCGUGAAUCGUUUCAAGAGCGUUUGAGACAUUGUUGUAAAAUAUUUUGGCUUAUUCUGCCUGUGGCCAAGUGCACUGCCUCAACAGUUGUUGCUGCAAGUUAUACGUCGGAACAUUGUUAUCCAAAAUUUUGACAGCCCAAAAGGGGUGUAAGACAAUAUUUCAGUCUUCCACAACUGUGCUGAAACGGAGGAACCGCCCACCGUUUUUCUAACCUCCAUCACAAAAGCAAAGGACGCGGGCAUCAUACCAGAAUAUCUUUUGAAUUGCACGGGCGUCGAGGUCGAAUAUUGCAUGGGUAGCAUAGCCGGUAGUGGAAGUCAUGCGAAUAGAAGCUGCGGUUACUUUCAGUUAACUUAGCGGUGCUGCUACGCGGAAUAUUCCUUCGGUGUUGAGGAAAUGCUCAAGACUAAUACAUUGUUCACAACAUG